CUUCUGUUUACUAAAAAACGAUAUGAUUUUAAUUUGUUUAUGGAAAUGUUCAUGAAAAAUUCUAAUGACAAGAACCAUUUGUUUAAAAAAAAAACAAAUUAAUUGUUGAAUAUCAUUAAUUUAAUGCGUUUUUUCUACCUUCUACAUGGGAGUAAAUUUAGGUCCUAGUUUAUUUGACUUCACCUUCUAACCUAGCAAAUUGGAUAACAAAUAUCAUUGUUUUAUUUUCUCUAUUUUAGCAAUUUAUAGUAUAAUCAAAUUUCAAGAUAAUAUCUUGUUUACAAUACUGCAUUUAUGCUUGUUUUUCUUUUUGGAUUAUGCUAAUAAAAAUCUGAAUCAGACUUUGGACUUUUAUCAGAAUCUGAAGUACACGUAUAUCAGUUUCGUUUAAGUAACAAUAUCAGAGAAGUCUAUUAAUCUGUGAGAUUCUGAGGUAACAGUACCAUCAAUAAAUCUAUAAAAUAUGUCUUCUGCAGUUAAAGGUGUUUUUAUUGUUGGAGCUAAAAGAACUGCUUUCGGUACUUAUGGCGGAAAACUAGCCAAAGAAACACUCAGUGAUCUUCAAACCGCUGCAGCAAAAGCUGCCCUUGCAUCUGGUGGUGUAAAACCUGAAAUGGUAGAUACUGUUAUCGUUGGAAAUGUUCUCCAGAUUUCCAAUGCUGAUGGUGCCUUUGUUUCCCGUCAUGCAGCAUUAAAAUGUGGAAUUCCAGUAGAUAAACCAGCUUAUACAAUUAACAGGCUUUGUGGUUCAGGAUUCCAGUCAAUCAUUAAUGGUUGCCAAGAUAUAGCAACUGGUGUAGCACAGAUUUCUCUUGCUGGAGGAGUAGAGAACAUGUCGUCUACUCCUUAUUCUGCUAGGAACGCUAGGUUCGGAGUUCCUUUGGGUCAGAAUAUUAUUUUAGAGGACUCUUUGUGGCUUGGACUCACCGAUACAUACUGUAAAAUGCCCAUGGCACUUACUGCUGAAAAAUUAGGUGCUCAAAAGCAAAUUACAAGAGAUGAUGUUGAUCAGUAUUCAUUGAGAUCUCAACAGCUGUGGAAAGCUGCACAGGAUGCUGGAGUUUUCAAAGAGGAAAUCACCCCAUAUCCGGUGAAGGUAAAAAAAGAAAUGGUCAAUUUCGAAGUCGAUGAACAUCCAAGACCACAGACUACUCUUGAAGGAUUGGGAAAACUUAAGCCUUUAUUCAAAGAAAACGGACUUGUUACAGCUGCUGCUGCUUCUGGUAUUUGUGAUGGAGCCAGUGCUGUGGUCAUUGCUAGCGAAGAAGCUGCUAACAAGCAUAACCUUAAACCUUUGGCUAGAAUAUUAUCAUAUGCUUAUGUAGGUGUAGACCCAACUAUCAUGGGAAUUGGACCAGUGCCAGCUAUAAAUGCAGCUCUAAAAGCCGCAGGAAAAACUUUAAAUGAUAUGGAUCUCAUUGAGAUAAAUGAAGCCUUUGCUGCUCAAGUUUUAGCCUGUGCCAAGGAUCUUAAAGUCGAUAUGAAUAAACUGAACACCAAUGGUGGUGCUAUUUCUAUUGGACAUCCACUUGCAGCUUCUGGUUCAAGAAUUAUUACACACUUAGUACAUGAAUUGAGGAGGAAGAAGGCUAAACUUGGAGUUGGUUCUGCUUGCAUUGGAGGAGGACAAGGAGUUGCUAUCGUGAUUGAAUCAUUGUAAUUUGGGGCUCAUCAAUAAUUUUUACUCUUUAUAUAUUUUCAAUGAAAAUUUUUAUUUUCAAUUAUUUUAUUUGUCAAUUUAAAUAGAAUACAAAAGUUCUUAUUGCAAUAUUUUUAAGAUAAAAUAAUUUUUAUAAAGAACUUAUUGUACGAAAUAUUUUUAUAUUUACAAUGAUAAAAUAAAGCAAAACAUUUACUGUC